UUAUAGAUACAUUGCAGUAUCGGAGCAUACGUGUUGGUACGUGUACCGUUGUCGUUAUUUGUUAAAUAAAUUGUAAAAGAGAUUAACGAUAAUAAAAUGAGACCAGCCUGAUUCUACUCUCACCUUUUGCAGAGUGUAAAAUUGUAAAAAUGUAUUUAGUCUAUCUUCUCAUUAAUUUAUUAGUCAGCGCUUCGUUGUUUGUUCAUGGGAGCGAAUUAGAUUACGACGCAUGGAUACAAUUAAGACUGUGGCACGCGUUUAACGAUGGUCCGGAGCCGAUUUUUCAAGAAAGAGGAAACAUUACAGUGCCCAGUGUGCGCAGCGGUGUUUCCGUUGUUGGGCAAAAUGGUCUGUUGACAGCCCAUACGCAUGAACUAGUAGAACUUGCCAAACACGAUGGCAAGUACAGACUCAAAGCUGUGGCUCGAACCCCUUUGGGAAGCGAGAUGACAUUCCUAACGUCUGUACCUGCGUGUUACCUUAUUGGCUCGGACCUCGAAGACAUUAUAACAAUUUGGCUGGAUAGCAUGGGCGAACCAAUCGCCGUCACCCAAACAUCUCCAGGUCCUUGUAGCACCGAAGCUUCGCUUGUAACCAGUAUGUGGACUACAGAUGUACUUGUUAAAUACCCUGAUGGCGGGCCAGUCCCGGACACUGCCACAUAUAUACUAAAAGUAGAAAGAGAAAGGGAAGCGAGGGAAAGAGGAGAAGCCAAAGAUAAUAGACCCUACCUUUCAAGAUACUGGAUGUAUAUUUUCCUCAUAUUUAUUUUUGUUGUUCUAUCUGCCGCAACAAAUCCAGAGGCAGCAGGAGGAUCAGGUGGCAGUGCCCAGAGGCAGUGAUGUAAAAACUGUAUUAUUGCAUUCGCGUGUGCAUUGUGUUUCUAAGUAUGCUCGUGUGGGAGAUGUUUAUUUAUAAAAUUUACAAUGUACUUUCCUAAAUGCAGUUGCAGUAAUCAUGACUGUAUGCUCCUCUAAAUAAAUUCUUUAAUUUAAUUCA